UACCAAAUUACCAAAAAAACCCAAAGAAAGUUUUUUAUUUAGCAAUGGCAAAGGAAGAACAGAGUAGCAAAAGGCAGCAAAGAUGGACUCUCCAAGGAAUGACUGCACUUGUCACCGGUGGUACCAAAGGAAUUGGAUACGCCAUAAUAGAAGAGCUUGCAGGAUUUGGAGCCACAAUAUACACGUGUUCGAGAAAUCAAGCUGAACUUAGUGAAAGGCUUAAAGAAUGGGAAGACAAAGGGUACAAGGUGAUGGGUUCAACCUGCGACUUGUCUUCAAGAACACAGAGACAAGAGCUUAUCAACAAUGUCUCUUCUGCUUUUCAUGGCAAACUCAAUAUCCUAGUAAAUAAUGCAGCGAUAAGUAUGAUGAAGAGAGCGUGUGAUCACAGCGCCGAAGAUUUCUCGAGUAUAAUGGAAACAAACUUAGAGGCGCCUUACCAUAUCUGCCAACUUUCGUACCCUCUUCUCAAAGCCUCUGGUUUAGGUAAUAUCGUCUUCAUUUCUUCUGUUGCCGGUGGCAUCGCACUCCCUGCCCUUUCUGCUUAUGCUGCUUCUAAAGGUGCAAUAAACCAACUAACCAAAAAUUUAGCGUGCGAAUGGGCUAAGGACAACAUUCGUACAAACACCGUGGCACCAUUCGGCGUUAGAACUACCAUCCUCAAACUUGAGGAUAUAGAUCCAUCAAUUCUCCAAAUGUUGUUUCCAAUAAUGGCCCGAACGCAAUUGGGGCGAGUAGCAGAAGCUGAUGAAAUAUCUCCACUGGUUGCAUUUCUUUGCCUUCCGGCGGCUUCUUACAUCACCGGACAGGUCAUUUAUGUCGAUGGAGGAUUUACGGCAGGUUGCUUCUAGAAGAACUAACCUACAAAUUUAUCAAUGCUGAAUUUAUGGAAAUAACAUAUGUCGGACAUAUAUGUAAUAGAAUGCUUGCAUUUUUACGGUCCGAGAUAUUUGCCAAUAAAAAGUCGUGCAACUCAGACUAUUCAAAUUUGAACAA